GCAAGGAGGAACUCUGUCCUGAGGGGUGUGAGGCUACAGAGCAACAAAGCCAACACUCAUGUGGAAUUCCCGGGGCUGCUGAAAACAUGCAAAUCCUGAUGCCACCUUGCCAAAGCUGCUGUGCCCUAGCCAUCCUGCUGAUAAUCGUGGACUUCCAACGUGGUGGAUGCCUCCAAGUCACCAGCUCAGUAUCCCAGCAAGGAGGACAACUGGUCUUCACCUGCACUUUGUGGCACAAGAGAGGCGAAGCCGAGGGGCUAAUACUCUUCUGGUGCAAAGACAGGCGGUCCGACUGUUCUCCUGAGACCAGCUUAGAGCAGCUAAGGGUGAAAAGGGAUCCUGGGACAGAUGGUAGCAAUGAACAGAAAUCUCAGUUGGUAUUCACCAUAGACCAAGCCACACCAUCGGACAGUGGGACCUACCAGUGCUGUGCUCGAAGCCAGAAGCCAGAAAUCUACAUUCAUGGUCAUUUUGUCUCUGUUCUAGUCACAGGGAACCACACUGAGAUAAGACCAAGACAAAGGCAGGACCCUGUUGACAGCACUCCCAGUUCAGAUUUCCUGCAAGUAAAGGCCUGCGGGAUGCUGGUCGCCAUCCUGGUGGCUCUUCAAGGUAUGUUCAGAAGAGAUUUCAGCGCUCCAAGCUAUGAGUUUGUACUGCCAGCUUAAUUAUUUCCUAGGCGGGAAAGUACAGAAAGGAAGGAGGGGAAAACGUGUUCCCCAAGGCCUGGCCAUCUACAGUAUGUGGGUGAAACCAGCUUUAAGUUACUAAAGUCCUCAUACUGUAGCUAUGUGGAGACAGACAAAUCGGACUUCCCUCUGGGUAAGAGGUUGGGCCUCUUAGGAAAGGCCUGUGGGAGACAAGAAACACAGCUGCCCCCACUCACUCAAUGAACAUAGAAACGCCAGGACAAGCCACAGGUCUCUAGUUAUUACACAAAGAUGAACAAGGCAGGAGACAGGGUCGGCCUGAGGUGGGGUUUGAACACAGUACCUCCACAAAGAUGAUGACCGUAUUGAGUAUUAAAAUACUGAGACAUUUAAUAAUUUUCCACUAGGAUUUUGCAUAACAAAUAAAUGAUACGAGAUUUUGACUGUCCUUGGCAGCCAAAAGGGCCAGCUUCUACACAGGGGACAUGAGGAUGGAGCAGUCUGGUUAUUUACUUGCACUGAAUACAAGUUUCCCUAGUGGGUUAAGCUAUAUUCUUGUUAAUAAAUGCUAUUUCUUCAGGCACACUUUGAGUACACACUCAAAGGGAAACGGGGUCCACCUUGCACUAUCGCCACUACCUGACUCCAGAGUCACCCAGAACAGCAAGGCCUC